GAAAAAGAAAAAAAAAUAAGUGAUUGCACAUUUUCAAAAAGCACAUAAACCAUGGUGCCUUAUGCCACUUGUAUUGGCUACAAGGACGACAAUUGGAUCACCCGAUCUUUUUUUGGCUAAUUUGGUGACCCGUCAGUAGAAGAAAGUGCUCGCCUAAACGUUACUUUUUUGUGGGUACUCACUAAAGAGGAUCGUCAUAUCAUUGCUUCUUCUGUUCAGAUUCAGCAGGUUUCCACUUCACCUAUAUAUGCCAUAAGUUUUCGGUCCACACCGCCUUUGAAGCUCCGUGUGUAUGGAGGCGGACCACCGAGCCGGCGCCGCCGCACUCAACAAGACCUCCAAACCAGUCACGGAUGAUGACCACGGCAACGACCCGCCAUGCAAGAACCGGUCCUGCUUCUUCUGCGUCAUGAACGAGCCUGACCCAUCUCUCCGGCGAGCCAGGAUCGCCGCUUGCUUCAAACAAAUCCCCCUCGAUGACGACCCUCAAACCGUCCUCGUCCUCAGUGGCCUCUGGAACGUGGCGAUGGCUCAGCCCGACAACCAGGAGUUCCCGUCCCUCGGCCUGUUCGACUGCUUGGCCAGAUUGAUCCUCCGAGGCGUCCACGACAAGGAGUGGCUCCGUAGAGAUCAGAACGUGUACGUCCCCUAUUAUGCCGCUCACGUGGUCGGUUCGUACGUCAUGAACAAGGCUCGGCUCGCGGAGAAGGCCGUGAAGUCUGGAGUCGUCCCGGGCCUCAUGGAGCUCAUGAGAGGGAAGAUGAGUUGGGUCGAGCAGAGAGUUGCCGUCCGGGCGCUCGGCCACUUAGCCAGCCACGACGAGGCGUUCGAAGCCCUGUUCGAGUUCGAGAGAGAAAUCGUGGGGCUCGCCAUGGAGAUUGCGUGCAAUUGCCUGGAGGUGGUCUACGACGAGUUCAUCAGCGUGAGCCGCGGCGGCAGAGAGAGGUACCACGUCGACCUGGUGACGAGGGGGAUCGGAGGGAAGGAAACCGAGGACACGAGGGCGGAGGAGUGGGCGAGCCAGCUUCAGUGCUGGUCUCUGUACCUACUCAAUUGCUUCGCAAGCAAAAGCAAAGGUCUCGACGUGAUGUGCAAGAGAGAGUUUCUGAGAAGACUGUGCGGGAUGUGGGGCGGGUUGGCCAAUCGACACUCCUCGUCGCCCGGUGCGAUAGGGCUCAUCCGGACACUAUGUCAGUCCAAAAUCGGAAGGUCGAGCAUCGCGAGUUCAAGACAGGUCAUCGAGUGCCUCUGCAAUCUCUCCAGGUCGUCGGACGAUUGCCAGUACACGGCCAUCGACGGCCUCCUGCUGCUCCUUCGAGACCCGGACACGAGGCACCGCGUCCUGGACAUGUCGGCGGCGGUUCUUGCCGACUUGGUCGAGCUGGAUGGCGGCAGCCGGGGAGAAGGAAAGAGGGUCGGAGAGAGGAUCACGCGGGCGGUGCUGCAAGAUUACCACAAGUUCAAGUACGGGGAUUCGAAGCUGGAGAGCGAGAGGUCGCAGAGGGCACUGGAGGAGACGUGGGACCUGAAGGUGGCGAGGAGGAGGAGGGAGAGGCUGAUGCCGGAGGAGGAGAUUGGAGAGAGGAAGGCCAUGGUGGGGGCGCUGAAGAGGGAAGGGAACGAGAGCUUCUGGUGCGGGGAGAUCAAGAAAGCUGCAGUGGCCUACACCAGGGCAUUGGACUUGUGCUUGCUGAAGAUGAGGAAGCAGAGGAUCGUGAUCCACAGCAAUAGGGCGCAGUGCCACUUGCUGAUGAGGGACCCGGAGAAGGCGAUCAGCGACGCCACGAGGGCGCUGUGCUUGUCCGGCGCGGCGGCGAGGCCGCACGGGAAGAGCCUGUGGAGGCGGUCGCAGGCGUACGACAUGAGGGGGUUGGGGAGGGAGAGCUUGAUGGACUGCCUGAUGUUCAUCCAAGUCCGGAUGGGCGGCGAGCGUCCCGGCACUCCGGCCAAGAAUAGGAUCCCCUACUACGCGACGCGGAUGCUCAACAAGCAGAUGAACGCCACAUGGCUAUUCGCUCGCGUGCCGAGUAAGCAGAUGAGGAGGUCAGGGACGGGGACGGGGACGGGGACGAAGAAGAAGAAGGCCGCGACAUGUAGGAGUGAGCAUCAAGCAGGAAAGUGCGGCGUCAAAUCGGAUCGAGCCGAUGACAUGUUGAUGACCGACGAAGAUAAACUCCGGUGGAGCAGAAGAAGAAAGCUAGAAGGGGGAGUGAGGACAAAGCAUCGGGCACCGGCAAAAGAUAGGGGACUUCUCAUGUGACGGAUUUGGAGGUUUUACGUAGAAAUGAAGAAGAUGAUGAUCUUGCAAUUUGAGGUACAAGCGAGUGAGCCUCGCUGCCCCCUUUUGGUAUUGCAACACACCAAAUUCACGAGACACGAACCCAAAUAAAAUAAAGUUUUUCUCCGGUGCGAUCGCGGAAAGAUAACUGUUCAAUUUUGUCCUUCAUUUACAUGAUGAUUCUAUAUGGCUAACCUCAAGGCCACGCGCUAGAAAAUUACCUCCUUACCAUUGGGACAGUGUCUUGUUUCAGUCUAUGAAAUCGGAAUCACUAUUGAGGCCCUAAGUGGAAACACUGCUUGUAUAUCGAUGACGAGCUCGAAUUGUAUGCAUCAACCUCUUCUCAAUUCUUCAUGGCAAACUUCUAUAUAUAUUAAAAAGGAUGGGAGAUCAUGCAAAAUCCCUCUCAUUACUUUCAAGAUA